GUGAGUGGAGUUUUCAGUUCUGCACGUCCCCUGAACGUGUUCUACAUAUCCAACUAGACAAUUUGGAGAUCAGAUGCCAACACUUUUUCUACAACAGCGUGAAGCCGUGUACUGUUGCCAAUUGAAUCCUGUCAUUGAUAUAAAAGGGGAGUGGAAAGCCGAUGUAUAAGUAGUUCGGUCACAAUUCUGAUUUCGUUUUAUAACUCUCAUCUACACACUACGACAGCAUUGUUAGCCCACUAAUCUGCGACGUCGAUCCAGCCAGUGCGGGAAACAUGAUUCGUCUUACUUUGGCGUGUGUACUGUGCCUGGUCUGCAUGACUCUGGCUGCCGAGAUCACCUCGAAGAAAAAGAGCAAGCGCUUUGCUGAACUGUUCUUGGACUCCCUGGAUAAAGAUGAGAUUGAUCAGGCGCGCCAGCAGGCGGAGGCACGACGUGCAGCCAUCGGCCAUACUAUUGCGAAGAAAGUCAACAGCACAUUAAAUGCGAUGCAGAGGCGCGAGCCAAGAACAGAUCAAAUGACGCUGGAAUGCUGCAGAAGCCAAGAGAGCGGACUUCUUAUCUACCGCUACGAGAUUCGCCGUUUGACCCAGCAAGCGGCCCGCGUCAACUGCCUACGAAACGGCGGAGAUCUGGCCGCUCCCCGCAACAUGCAAGAAUACCUCGCCUUGGCGAAGCUCUUCCUGCCAUUCGCUGAAAAGGGUGGUGUCUUCUUGCAGUACAACGAUAAGAGAGCGGAGGGAACAUUUGUCGACAGCCGUGGAAAUGCCCCUUGGAUCAGUAACUUUGAGGAGGGUGAGCCGAAUGACGCUGGUGGUGACGAAGACUGUGUGGAAAUGAACGGGCGCACAGGGGAGUUCAACGACGUUGGCUGCAAGGAGGAUCGUCAUUCUGUCUGCGAGUUCAGGAUUAAGUAAAUCCUAAAAUUAUAACUCCUGUACAUGCAUUAUGUUGCUAGUACUAGCUGUGGUGGUAGCAGCUAUGCUGCCUUGUCUGCACGAGUUUGAAAGUAUCGUUCUCUCCCCGAGGUCUGUAUUCACUGGCUAAACAAACUGGUAAUCUGGGCUUACAUGUACGGAUGUGCUAUGGAU